AUGGAAUGCGUGAAAGAUGUUAAACAAGACAAAAAAUUUUACUACGACACUGAACUUGACCGAGCUGUUUUCAUGAGGAUCGUUAUCAUUCUAUUUUUCAUUCUGUUGAACGAGGUGCUGAACAACGAAAGCGCCAAAGAGCAUGUGCACUUCAAGAUUCACGUGCCCGAGAUAAUAAAGCAUCAGAUUCAUACGAAAACGGUGUUCAUACAUAUUCACAAGCCGGAUCUUUCGGCACCCAAGAAGAAACCCAAGAAGAAGGAAAAGCCGCCAAAGAAGGUCCAUCACAAGGAGACGCAUCACGACGACUGGAGUUCUUGGAACAGUUAUGGCUAUCACAGUGAUCACAACGACAAAUCGAACGAUGAAUCGUUCAAGAGUCAAAAAGAUUACAAGGACGACUACGGCCACAAGGAGGCAGAUCACAAGAAGAACACUCCCUUCGCCCAGUAUCAUCGGGAUUCUUAUAUGCCCAUGUUGCAACAGAAGAACAAACCCGAUUACCUGAAGGGGCAACACGGCGAUGUAAUGGGAUAUUCGUAUCCGCCGCAGUACGCGGUGAAGGAGGAUGUCAAGGAAAACGAUGACAUCAAUGACAUCGAGCCCUACGUGCACACGUACGAGGAAGGUUACAGCAAGGGUGGCGAGUCCGCUAGCGGGCACAUUUACACGGACGACGUCACGAAAUUCUACGCUAACAAGCAGGAGGAAGGCGAACAUUCCGCUGAGGAGUUUCAAAAUGACUCGAGAGAGAGAACGCAUGCCGGUCGUUAUUUCGUCGAUGAUUCGGAAUACCAGCAAAAUAACAAAGUAGUGAAGCGCGUGUCCCCCAAAAUGUCCGGCACGGUAGUGAAGCGAAUAGAAAGACGGAUGUAAAAAGAUCGUGCCAAUGA